GUUUCAAACGAUAUAAACAAAUGUCAAAGCGGUGUCAGGGAAAUGCCUGCGACUUCUGCAGACCACCACGAAUCAGAAGGAAACUCAAAGUCUGCAUUUUGCAUGCCGAAAAUUAUAUUAUUGCCUUGUACCGAUAUAAAUGAAGAUAAUGUUUACUUGAUGCCACGUCGCACUGAGGAAAUGUUAAGGUCACCACUGCACAGGGACAGUCGCUCUUCGUCGUUUAUGACGCCCAAAACGAUGCAGCCUCAAUUAGAGCCACGACGUCGAAUAGAAUUGUUGCAGUCGCCGUUGCAUCAAGGCAAGCGAUCGAGCUGUAAAUUAACACCAGAGGUAGCAAAGCAUGUAUCUUUACAGCCACGUCGUACUAAGAAGUCACCUGCAAAGCAGCCAGAAAUGCUGACAACUCCUUCAAAGGAUUUAAUGGAACCACGGCGCACCAAGGAAUUGUUGAAGUCUCCGUUGCACAAGGACAUGCGUGCCACAAUGCAGAAUAACUCCUUCAAUAUUUUGUUCCAGACCCCCAAAAAGUCUGCAGAGCAGCAGCAAGUGGAAUUGUUAGAGUCUAACUCAAAAAAUAUUUACUUGGAACCACGUCGCAUCAAGGAAUUGCUUCAGAGUCCCUUACACAAGGAUAUGCGUGCCCAAAUGCUUGGGAAAGGCACAAAGAAUAGCCACAAAGAAGUGCAAAGUCAUAAGAAAGUGUUGCAGUCUGUAGAAUCUAAGGAAAAUGUCAAAACGCCAUCCUCGCAUGUAAUAAAACCAAUCUCUAAUAUUUACUCAGAGCCACGUCGAAUUAAGGAACUCCUGCAGUCGCCGCUGCACAAGGACAUGCGUGCAAUGAUGCUACCACAACCCUCCAAGAGCAUUUACUCGGAGCCGCGGCGCACUAAAGAAUUGCUAUAUGCCCAAAAUCAAGGGAAUGAAGCUUACUCCGCAAGACGCAAGCUGCAAUUCAACAAGCAGCAAGGCGACUUAAGAUUCCAACGCAUUUUGAGCUACUUACGGAGUGUUUUUAAAUCCGUUUCGACCCGGGAUCUGCAAAAUUUAGGCGUGCAGAACUUUAUUAUCAUCAUGAAACAUCUGUUGGAAACUGCAGAAGUUGUAGUUGUACCUUUAAAUCAAUCCAACUACAUAGAGCAAAUAUUCAAGGCGAUGGAGCAGCUUAAUUAUCCACAUAAAAUAAUGAGAUCUGCAUUGCUGAUGCCCAGCGCAUCGUUGACGCAAGUGCUGCAGCUGCUGGACUUUUUAAUCGAAAUGGUAACGAAGAAAAACGAGGAUAAUCAAUUGAAUGUGGCCAAAGUGGAGACACUGGAAUUGCAAUUGCAGUUGGUGCAAUUGGAAAAAGAAGAUAUAAAGACCACUUUUAAAUGAGAUCAACAACAUUUGCCAGAUAUUUAAAGCAAUGUCAACUGCCACGCUGCUUUAUAAUGGAGCACAUCCUUGUGGAACUGGCAUUUAGCAGCUUUGCUGACGGCCUCUGCACGUUCUCACGCAUUGUGUGCGGUUUUUAACGGCAAAAGUCAGAAUGGCAAGUUCAGGUUUUGUGGAACUAAAGUAAAGCCAACUAAUUGUGCAUGGCUGAAAGAGGCAGCUCCAUUUUUGCUGGAGGCUGGCGAACACAUGUUGCAGGCAACCAAGAGCCAGACCCAGGUAGGUGGCAUAACAGCUAUAUACAUACAUAUAGUACACACAUAUAGCAACCAUAUGUAGUUAUAACAGCAACUAGCAUAACAAGAACUGCGGCUGCGGUUGUUCAUGAUGCUGCUUCUGCUUCUGCUUUUGCUGCCUGUCGUAUGUAAAUUAUUUCGAGUCAUAAAACAAACUGUCACCCAGGUAGUAGUUUCACAAUGCGGCUGUGGCAGGGCACUCAAGUGAAAUAAGCAUAUCAUAAAGUUCCUUAGGCUCAUGCAGCUAAUGAACAACACAUCAGCAGCAGCAGCAGCAGCAGCAAAAACAAAAGCAGCAACUUUCAGUUUUCGGAAUAUAAAGCUUAAUAAGCUCAAAAGUAAAAUCGCUGCGUUUUCAGCUUAAUUGUGCUGACAGAAUUAUCAAGGUAGAAACGCAAAAUGUCUUAAAGCCUUGCAUGCAUCUCCAAUCAAAUAAAUCAAGCAAUUUCAAAGCUAUGUCAUUAAAAUUUUAAAUCUCGUUAUGCAGAAACUAUUGUGCAGCGUCCCAAUGUGUCGUUUACGGAAUCAAGUCAAUAAAUAUAUAAUAAAA